UAGUGUAUGGAGUCUCUCAAGCAGAAAGAAUGGUGGGGGUCUCAUGUUUCCUGGGGAACAGGAUCUGCUUGGGGCGAUGAAGAAACAUAUCUGAUGGGGGUGUUUUCUGGUAACUAUGAUCAUUAGGUUGGGGCCCCGUGGUUCACAUGAGAUCAUUUUAAUACUCGCGCCAUUUUUGUAGUAGAUGAGGAUUUCCUGGGCGUGAUCUAUGGGGGUCUCUCAAGCAAAAAGAAAGAAUGGUGGGGUGCUGUCUCGGGUGUGUGAAAUAUAUAAUAUCAAUAGGGUGUCUCGUUUUCCCACGGGAGAAGACAAUGUGCUUGUAGUUUUAAAAAACAUAUCUCAUGGGGGUGUUUUUUAGGUAACUAUAAUCAAUAGCGGGGGCCUCAUGGCUCCCGUGUCAAUAGCGGGGGCCCAUGGUUCACAUGAGAUCAUUUUAAUACCAUUUUUAUAGUAGAUGGGGGUUUCUUUGGACUGAUCCGUGGCGGGGUCUUUUUUAGCUAGCUCUAAUCAAUACUAGGGGCCUCAUGGUUUGUAUAAAAAAGACAAUGUGAUUGAGGCUUUAAAAAACAUAUCUGGCACUUAAACAUUCCUCCCCUAUUGUAUAAAAUGGUAUAAAAGGCAGGUGUCGACGGUAGGUUUCCAGAUCACUCGCAAAAAUCAGCGAACAACGUCAAGACAGAGAGUUUGAACACAGAGCCUGGAGACGACUACAAGACAUCGGACAUUGACAUGGGCUGUUGCAUGUACGAGAGCUGCAUCUUCACCAAUUGAAGUGAUCGAUCUGACUUCACCGCCACCAGUGGCCCUAGUGUCACCGGUCCAAAACCCAAUGCAGGGAUUUAAUGUGGACUUUAUAACGCCUCAAAACCAGGCACAAGGAUUUGCAGAGGGCGAUCGCUCUACGAUAGACGGGGGAGUUUGGGGACAGACUUCGGGAUUCGUGGAAAACACUUUAACACCGCCGGUCCAAAACCCACUGCAUUUUAUUGUGGGGUUUACAAGUCCAAACUCAAGUCACGGGAUUGCGCCACUGACCCCCUCAACGCUGGAUGUGACAGAGGGAGAAAACGACACAGAAUUCGAGGAAAACACAGCAGAGUCCGAUGUGGGACAAGAAACGGGACAGGAGGAGACAUCUGACGCUGGAGUCUACAACCAGGAAAGAUUUCAUUAUUUUCCAGAUAGUGAAAGUGAAUAUGUUGACAUGCAAGCUCUAAAUCAGAGGGAUAUAGUCUCAGACAAUGAUGGAAUUGAAACAGUGGAUUUCAACACCUCUGUGCUAAUUGUCGAACAAGUGUUCAGAAGAUACAUGUAUGAUAUAGCAUGUUUAAAUCGCCGCAUGAUUGAGAAUAUAUAUAAUCAACUUAGACAGAACGUUAGACGCAAGCAUUCUGUCAAUUCAUAUUCAGCUAACGCUAGACGUGCCACUCGUGAACAAAGAACACUGCCACAAAGAGUCCAUCGCAGGUUGCAAUUUGAAGACUAAUUUUUGAUCGGGUGAUAAAGACAAAUGGCUGAACCAGAUCACAACAAUUCCCCUGAAAUUAGAGAGCAUCUCCUCCACUUGAUCUCUGAGAUAAACCGAGAAAGAUCCGAAGGCGGGGCUAAUCAGGGUUCUCCCCGAAACAGUCCAAUUCUGCCUCAGCAUGAUUCACCUGAAAGAGGGGGAGAAGUUUUUCUUCCAUCCCCUGAUGAGCUAAUUUCCUUGCUCCAAAUGUACAGAUACCCCUCCCCCGUUCCGCAUAGCAGUGCGGAAUCAGAUCACAACAAUUCCCCUGAAAUUAGAGAGCAUCUUCUCCAGUUGAUCUCAGAGAUCAACUGUCAAAGAUCUGAAGGCCGGGCUAAUCAGCCUUCUCCCCAAAAUAGCCCAAUUCAGGCUCGGCAUGAUUCACCUGAAAGAGGGGGAGAAGUUUUUCUUCCAUCCCCUGAUGAGCUAAUUUCCUUACUCCAAAUGUACAGAUACCCCUCCCCCGUUCCUUCGCCCGUAUCGCAAAGCAAUGUUGACUCAGGACCUUGGUCUCCAUCAGACAGUCAGUGUUGUGAUGCACUCAACAGUCAAAUAGAUGACCCGUGGUCUCCAUCAGACAGUCAGUGUUGUGAUGCACUCAACAGUCAAAUAGAUGACCCGUGGUCUCCAUCAGACAGUCAGUGUUGUGAUGCACUCAACAUUCUGGAAAGAGGCCAUCAGGUGGGGGGUGGGGGCGAGGGUGAACAGACAGAGAGCGUCAUCAAUCAGAGUAAUGAGGGUCAAUCCACAUCUAUGGGGAUAAACAACACAAAUAGUGCGGCUGUUAAUGUUCCAGCACCUUGCACUAGUGAUGACAUGCAUGUCACAAACCGUGAAAGAUUUAAUAAUGUUGAGAUUCGCUCUUUCCUUCGCUUUCCACCACCAUCUGCAAUUCCCAAUUUUCGUGAAUUUUAUUUGAAUGUCACAAAUGGUUUUCGCGAUAGGAUUUCAAGCAUGAUUCACAGAGCUGAUGUCCAGCCAAAUGACGUUAUCCAAGUUAAUCUGCGUGCUGAUCGUUUGCAAGACGAUGUCUCAAUGAGCGUGCGUUAUGGAGAGGGGACAGUGUCACAAUUACAGGAACUUUUAGACAGAUUAGUCCAGAGUAAUAUGUCUGUUUUCACCGAUGGAUCGCUUGAGCUAAUUGUCAAUUUUGUGAAGGCUCCGCGGGGAGGGGGUAAGAGACGAAUUGAAUCAUGUCUUGCGAGCGAAAUUGUGAAGAAAAAAGCACGACAUUUAUUUGUACUCCCCAAUCCCGAUCAAACAUGUUUUGCUGUAAAUCUGGCAUUACUGACAAAUCCGAAGUUGACGAUGAUGGAAGCCAUAAAGGCAGGCUGGGACAUCCAUACCAGAGCAGGUCUGACUGCUGAUACAAUGGUCACAUUCGAUGAUGUUGUCAAAUUUGAGGAGCUGUUAGCGUGUAAAAUUGUUAUCUUUUACCAAACGUCUGACAGAGAAAAAAACAACAACCUGGUUACAUUUCAAACAGGAACACCCGAACGAGACACAAUACGCUAUCUGCUUUUACACAAUAAUCAUUUUUACGGGAUAAAUAAUAUUAAGGGAUUUCUAGGUGUGAAGUUUUUCUGUAAACAUUGUCACACAGGGUAUCAGUGUCAAUAUAAGCAUUUCUGUGAAAAAAGCUGCAACAUCUGUUGCACAGAUUGUAAACAGGGUCCAAUUCAAAAAACCUACUGUGCUGAUUGCAAUCGAUUCUGUACAAAUAGACAAUGCUACGAACGACAUCGCGAGAAAAAAUGGCAUCCGAAAAUCAAAAAGAUGGCCAGCAUGUGUCAGACCAAUAAAACAUGUCCUAGAUGUAAAUCAUUGUACUACACAUCUAUCAGAGAUCCUAAAGAGCAUACUUGUGCUAUCAAGAUGUGCACAAUUUGUAAACAACCUAAAACAACAUUGUCGUCUCGUAACAAUGAGUUAGAGCAGACAUCAGCUAAUAACUCUAUGAUUGAAAGCGGCGAAGAUAAACAUGUCUGUUACAUGCGUACAAAACCAAUCAAAUCUGAAAAAGAAAUACAUGAAAAAAAGAUUGUAUUUUUUGAUUUUGAGACUUCUCAAACCACUGGAACCCAUCUUCCGGUGCUUGUGGUGGCUCAGUCACUUAAUGGUGAGCGCCGUGUCUGGAAGGGGCAUUCAUGCGCUUUAAAAUUUCUUCUCCAUUUCCGACAGAAAAAACAUAAACAGACAACUUUCAUUUCCCAUUUUGGCAAAGGUUUUGAUCAUCAUAUCAUCUUGAAUGCUUAUGUAACUCAAGGUUUGUCACCGUCUGUGAUAGCACAAGGGAGUAAAAUAAUCCUGAUCCUGGAUAAUGACUUUCAACUUAAAUUUAUUGACUCGUUCUCAUUUAUUCCUAUCCCACUCAGAGACUUUUCCAAGGCGUUGGGAUGUAAGACACAGCUUAAAAAAGGCUACUUCCCACACAGAUUUACCGAUCUUUCAAAAAAUGGCUAUAGAGGAAGCUAUCCACCGGCCGAGAUGUACUCACCUGACGAAAUGAGUCCAAAACAAAGAGAGGAUUUCCUUAACUGGUAUCAGACUGUCAAAGAUCAAGAGUUUGACUAUGAUGCAGAGUUAGUAUCUUACUGUGAAAACGAUGUUGAAAUCUUAGCCGAGGGUGCAAGCAAUUUCCGUAAUGAAUUCAUAAAAACAACAGACUGUGAUCCUUUUGACAGUGUGACCAUUGCUUCAGCAGCUUUGAAUGUCUUUCAAACAAAAUUUUUAAAACCCAAUACAAUCGCGAUUCCCUGUCCUAACAAUUACAAAACAAACAGCAAGGCUUUCUCACAUGCGUCUAUACAGUGGCUUGAGUAUGAGGCCUUCUCACGGGGGAUUUCAAUAAGACAUGCUUUGAACGGAGGUGAAGUUAAAUUUGGGCGUUAUUCAGUUGAUGGAUAUGGAGAGUUAAAUGGAGGGAAAGUUGUCUUUGAAUUUCUAGGCUGUUAUUUUCAUGGCUGUCCAAAGUGUUAUAUGGGAAGUGAUGUUUCUCCAUUGUCAAAGACUUGUUUUAGUGAGGUGUACUCUGAGACUUUGAAAAGGCUGGAUCGAUUACAAAACGAUUACAAGGUGCAAACUGUGGUGAUCAAGUGGGAACACGAAUGGAGUGUACAGAAAAAAACAGACCCGAAUGUUAAAUCUUUCUUAGAGAGGUUUCAAGAACCAAUUCCGUUAGAUCCCAGAGCAGCCUUAUAUGGAGGCCGUACGGCUGCUAUCCGUCUCCGCCAUGUUGUCAGCCCAGGUGAGCGUGUAAAUUACGUUGAUUUCACAUCGUUGUAUCCGUUUGUAAAUGCACAUUUUCACUACCCAUUAGGGCAUCCGAAAAUAAUUCGAAAGGAUUUUGACAGCAUUGAAAAUUACUUUGGAUUAAUACAUGCUAAAGUUUACCCUCCACGUCAACUGUUUUUCCCUGUACUGCCUAUUAGAAACGACAAAGGGAAAUUAAUUUUCACACUGUGUCGAUUAUGUGCACUCGUGAACAAUCAAACUACUGACUGUACACACAAUGAUGAAGAACGGGCCCUCCAAGGGGUGUGGGUAACGAUAGAAGUAAUCGAGGCAGUGCGAAAGGGGUAUUUUCUGGCUGAAAUUUACGAAAUAUGGAACUUCGAAGAGAAAUCAGAUGUGCUGUUUAAAGACUAUAUCUACACUUUCCUUAAACAGAAGCAAGAGGCGUCGGGCUACCCUAGCGGAGUUGAAACUCUUCAGACUAAACAGGGUUACAUCCGUGACUAUAAAGAGAAGCAAGGUAUCGAUCUCGAUCCGGAAAAAAUUGUCUACAACCCCGCAAAAAGACAGAUUGCCAAACUACUGCUAAAUUCUCUCUGGGGAAAACUAGCACAAAGAUCAAACCAGCUCUCAACCAGUCUGGUGAGCACACCGCAACGCUUUUUUGAAUUUCUCUUUUCUAGCAAGUACGACAUUUCACAGUUUCACUUCAUAAAUGACGAUAUUGCACUUGUUCAAUGGCGCCAUAAUUCUAGGUGUGUCUUACCCCCAGGCGACGCAAAUAUUUUUCUAGCGGCGUUCACAACUUCUUAUGCACGACUUGAACUUUACAAGCAAUUAGAUUUGCUCCAAGAUCGUGUUCUGUACUGUGACACUGAUUCUAUCGUUUACACAAGCAGCCCCUCUGAUCAAUAUAACCCUCCACUCGGUAAUUAUCUCGGAGAUUUGACAUCAGAAUUAGAUCAUGGAGACUACAUAUGCAAUUGGAGCGCUGCGGGUCCCAAAUCGUAUGCCUAUCUCACACAACAGGGUAAGGUGACUUUACGUGCUAAAGGGAUUACACAAAAUUAUGAAAACUGUAAAAAAAUUAACUUUGACAGCCUCACAGAUCUGGUAGAGGGAUAUCUCAGAGAGCCGGACAAUCGGCGUGAAAUCUCUACACAUUACAAUAAAAUUACUCGCAAUAUGAAAGCCUUUGAACUCACUAAUAAACAACGCAUAAUCAACUUCGCAGUUGUCUAUGAUAAAAGACGACUCCUUGCAGAUGGAAAAACAUUACCAUUUGGUUAUUAGUUCCAGGAUGAAACGGCAGCAAUUUCUGAAAAGGACU